GACGUACGUUCGAUCAAGCUAUGAAUUGGCUCUUUCGAAGCAGAAUAAAGGGUACUGGAGCAACACAGGAAUUAUAGUCAUUCACUGUGUUCAUCGGUUCACUGUUGCGGUGAAAAUUAACUUCUCGAUCAGAAGCUGCGCUAGUGAAUGGCGCUUGCGUUCGUCCACGAUUCAAAACCUUCCCCUUUCCUUUUCACCAACACCCAGACACCGACAAAGAUAGCUACACACAACAACAGCAUCUAUGCCAGUCACUCUUCCAGAAAUUUCCAACAUGUCGUUGGCUCCCAAAACCUCAUCACAAGCUGGAUCUCCCGCAUCGGGGAAUGGGGUCUGCCAUUUUGACAGACUGCCGCAGGAACUACUAUAUAGGAUCUGCGACUUUGCAUAUGGCCACCCCGCUGAAUCUGGCUUCACCACUAAAGAACAACAAACAGACUGGCAGCUGUAUCAAAUAAAGCGAGGCUGGUCGACAAGCAUCCGACCCUUCAAACCACAGGUCGAUCAAUACAUGGUGUCCAAGCGCUUCUUUGUCAGCGCUAUCGAGGCGUUCGUGAAGGCUCAGCAUCUCGACCUUUCCGACGGCUCUGAAUUCAUCAUGGCUUACAUUGCUGAACAGAAGGUGUUCGCACUUUUCACUCGAUCUGCUACACUGUCAAGCCUUUCGCUCGAUUACCUCCAAGACUUCUCCACAUUGAGACACCUGACUAUACAAGUCGAUUGCGACCACUUUGGAAAGGAUGAGUGGGCUGCGGACAAAUUCCCAUGGCUCUACGCCCUUCAAGAUGGCGACAUUGCAGAACUCCCAUUCGUUAGAAGAUUGAGCAAUGUCCGAGGAUUGAAGACUUUCAACUGUAAAGCCGAUGUUUGCUACUACGCCGAGACGCCGGUGAAGCUCCAGAUAUGGGAAGACAACGUCUUCGCUAUCUGCAAGUAUCUGCUACCAAUCGUAACGACCAAGAAGACAGGCGUAGCUCCUGUACAUUCGUUCAACGACAGUGGACGGCAGCCGUUAUAUCGCGGAUCCCACGUCAGUGGCAUCAACUGCGGCUCUUCUCUGCUUACGACUGAGUCUGACCAGUUUGAUUGGCUGCCGAAGCAAACCACUCAGGUUCUUACAAUGGACCUAGACAUCAUGCGUCGAUGGGUAAAACGUGCUCUUCGGGAGCAUCCAGACCUUGCUCGACCAUUGGACUAGGCUAGUUGGCAGCUGCGCUAUUCU